GUAAUAUCGCGACUUGAUUCGGAUAGCACCAUCGCUGUAUUGAGAUUCAACAUCACCAGGGUUCUUACACCACUUCAUGGUCACUUUCGUGUCACGUGGUGGGACACAGAAAAAUUGGAAUGGUCCACUGAAAACCAAUGUGAAACCAGCACCGAAGGGGAUGUGAUAGUCGCUAAAUGCCAGCAUCUGACGGAUUUCACACUCAUCGUUGAUGCCGCUCUCAACGAUCCGAAUGUCUGCGAAACAGCCCUCAUAGAUCUGGGUUAUGCGGUAAACUGUCUCUCAAUAGUUUCACUUGCAUUCUUGAUGCUAAUGGGCUUAUGCGCAUACUGGCCGAACUUGCGUGACAGUCAGGUACUUGGUGUACUAACAGGAUACGCCGUGCCAAGCCGUGAUUUCGUCAGCCUUAUACAUAAACUCAGCUUAUUACUA